GUUUUUGAGCAGCAAUUUUGGGAAAAAGAAAAGACGAGCUGCCCCGGCCGCGCCGAGCGAUCAUGCCGCCGCGAGCAAAAAGCAAAAAACCGACAGCAGCGGCGAGAGGGAUGAAGAUUACGAAAUGGAUCCUGUGGUCGAACAGCUCUCGUCCAGCGGAGAGGAUCUUCAGGUCGACGCGAGAGGGCCUGAUGAAGACAGUGUGGCGGAAGAUGACGACGAGGAGAUGGUAACACGACGAGGUGGACCACACGCAGAUCUAUCGUCCGAUGCAAAUAUAAAAGUUAAGCCAACUCCUGCUGGUUUCGCGCUCCCGACGGUCACCCGCAACCCGUGCAAAGUGUAUCAGGAGCGCGUGCACCUCCGGAAAUGGCUCCCCGCCUACAAGGCCGGACGGCAGUUCGUGAGAAGCGUUUUUUCCCACGAUGUUGUGGUCCUCUGCGGCGCGACGGGGUGCGGGAAGACCACACAGCUACCGCAAAUUCUCAUGGAGUACUGCAACGACACCGACUCUGCAGCUACCAGCGAGGACAUCUGCCGCCGCAUCA